GUGAAGGCUUUAGCAUUGCAUAACAUAAUAAGUAGGGUUUAAGCUUUUCCGGUACUCCGUCUCCGAUGGAAGUUUGAACUCUGCACCGAUGCGAUAACUUUUCCGCUCUAAACGACAAUGCCGUACGGUCGUUUAUCUCUUCUUCUAACCAAACGCCGCUUCUCUCUUUAUUCCUUAAACCCUAAAACCCCAUUCUUACUCUCCCACUUUUUCUCGACCUCCCAAAACUCAAACCCUAAACCUUCUUCUCUUUCUGCUCGUCUCAGCUUCGUCUUUGAUCAAAUCGAUGCUAUCGAGAAACAACGUUCUCAAAAACACGAAACUCUUCAACGCAUUCGAGCUUGGCGUGAUUCCAAAAACACUCAAAACGAUACUCCCGAACCCGUUUCAGAACCAACAACACCAUCUGAGUCACAUGAAGAGAUUAAUACUAACAGUAACUCUGUGGAAUUGAUGAAGAAAGAGGUGGAGUUUGUUCAUCCUUGGCCGGAAUGGAUUCAAUUGAUGGAGAGAUUGGUGCAUCAGAAUUACUUUGAUCAUAGGAGGAAGGAUGAGGAUAAAAUGGUGCAGGAUUUAGGGUUUGAUCCUCCUGAGAUUGUAGACGAUGAGGGGUUCGAUUUCACAAAGGAUUUCAAGAGCGUUCAUGCUGCUUGUCUCAAUUUUGGGAAGGAUCGUUUUGACUUGUUGAGGUCAUUGUCGAAGCAGGAUAUACAAAUUUUGGUUGGUUUUGGAUGCCCCAAUGGGGACAGAAAAGUGGUUUUCUCCGGUAAAUUGUUAAGGAAGUAUGUCCACCUUGAUGAGGGAGAUGUCUGUAGUUCCUGCAGCUUGAGAAACAAUUGUGACAACGCAUAUCUGCUUACAAACAAAGAGGAUGAAGCACGAACUAUUGAUAUCAUGCGAAUGCUGCUGACAUUUGGGUUUGAUCCUAUUAAUGGAUCAGUCACUAAUAAGCCACUUCUGAAGCAGAAGUCUGUCAAAGCAGUGGUUCGUAAAAUGCUUCAUGAAGUUGUCAAAUUGAGUUCAGUUCCUAUUGAUCCAAAUCUCCCUCCUCCAGUGAUAAAAAAGCCUCCACCAAAGGUGAAACAGCCUCCUCCUACUCCAAAAAGACGUGUUGGACGAGAUGAUGUUGAGAUGAAAAGGGGGGACUGGCUAUGUCCUAAGUGUGAUUUCAUGAAUUUUGCAAAGAAUACUGUUUGCUUACAGUGUGAUGCCAAGCGUCCAAAGAGACAGUUGCUUCCAGGAGAAUGGGAAUGUACCGAGUGCAACUUCUUGAAUUACAGGAGGAACGUGGUAUGUUUUCAUUGUGAGUGCAAACGCCCACCUGAUGAAUUCCUGGAGAAUAAAUUUCAAGAUAAAAAAUACGGUUCUGGACCUAAGUUAGAUAAGAUGGGCAGUCGGCAAGAGGUUUCCAAUGCCUGGAAUUUUGACUUUGAUGACAAUGAAUCAGAUGGUGCAGAUGUUGCUGCUUUUGAGUAUGCAGAUUCUCAUGGUAUAGACAAGGACUUUCCUUCAGAUAACGGUGGUCAGCAUGCGGGGUGGGAAGAUGAUUUUGAGAAGAACAGUAGAGUACAACGGUCCCGUGAUGAAGAAUAUGCUAAUUCUAGUCCUUCUAGACCUAGAACAGGGUUUGAUGAUUUUGAAGAUGAGGAUGAUGUUGAUAGUUACGAGAUAGAAACUGAAACUGGAACUAGUAGUGCAAGAAUGGAAGCAACAAAAAAUAAAUUUUCGGAAACAGAAGACUCAUUGGAGUGGGAAGAUUCUGAAGACAUUGAUGACAAAAUGCACGCACGCCAUAAAACAGUUUCUGGAAGAACUAUGCAAACCCGUUCAGUUCGCAAGAAUACAUCUUUCUCUCGAUCCAAGGAUGAUGAACCUGAUUUUGAUUCAGAUGAACAGCGGUCUAUUCUUUCCAGUUUCAAAUCUAGCCAUUUUUCUGCUGCUGACCAGAAAAGGAAAGGCAGAGGUCCAACCAAGAAAUUAAGCUUUGGUUCUGAAUCUGAUGAAGAUGUUGGUGUUGGAUUAUACUCUGACGACGAUGAUGACUUAAAUGAGGCAUAUUCAUCCAGACAAAAUAGAGGGAGUAGACAUGAUUCUGGGAGAAGGAACUUCACUAGAGAUGGGAAGUCUGGUGGUGGUUACAAAGCAAAUAGAUUCAGUGAUGAUUUUGAUGACUCACCCCGACAGUCUUAUAGGAAUGAUAGAGGGUCUCAAGGAAGUAAUCGUGAUAGGAAGAGGUUUGAAGAUUUUGAUGGAUCGUCCCGGAAAUCUUAUGGUAAUGGCAGAGGGUCUCAGGGAAGUAACCGUGAUCGGAAGGGAUUUGAAGAUUUUCAUGGACCAUCCCGAAAAUCUUAUGGUAAUGGUAGAGAAUCUCUGGGAGGUAACCGUGAUCGCAAGAGAUUUGAAGAUUUUGAUGGAUCGUCCCGGAAAUCUUAUGGUAAUGGAAGAGGGUCUCAACGAAAUGACCGAAUACGAUCCCCGCGGCAGUCUUAUGGGAAUGAUAGAGGGUCCCGAGGAAAUGACCGGAGUUAUGACAGGGAAAAUGGCAGAGGACAUAAAUAUAGUAUGGAUGAGAAGAGUGGUGGUGACUUUAGAAACAGUAGGCGUGUGAUUGAAAGAUAGCCCUAUAGGCUAUAGCUCCAUAUGAACACAUUUUUGUCAACCGGUUGGUUGUUGCACAUAACUACUACCGAUUACCAAAAUUCAAAUGUGAUACAAGCCUCUAAAGGUCUGUUUUUUUCUGGGAUUUGCUGUUGAACUUACCUGUAUACCAAGUCAAUUGAAAAAAGAUGAAAGUUCUUGGGAGUUGGCUAGAAGUAGUGUUCAGUACCAAGGUUAUGUCUGCUUAUGUUAUCCAUCAGCAAAGUUAACCUGCCAUAAUGGAAUCAUCUAAUAUAUUGGUCGGGAAUACUGAAUAAUCAUAUUUCUCUCGUUUAGCCAAACAGUGUUGUAAUUCGUGUCAUGCACAGUAUAUUUUUGCUUCUGAAUUAUUUUGUUGAAAAUUAUACACCAUAAUUUUUGAAAAGAAAAGUAUUUGGAUCAUCUAAUGUUGAAA